GACCUGUUGUAACAUUUGCCUAAAGCUGCACGAGAGCUUUUCAGUUAGGUGUCAGUGGUGAACACUGGCACAGACAGUCCACAGAUCAGCGUCAGGAUGGAAGGGUUCUUCAUUGGUGUCUUGUGUCUCUCAGGGUGCCUCACCUUCUCCACAUGCCUCCUCCAUCAGUACCACUUUGUGUCUGAUGCAAAGACUUGGACUGAAGCUCAGAGCUACUGCAGAGAGAAGUACACAGACCUGGCCACUGUUGAAAACACUGAAGAAAUAAAGAAACUUAACGACACAGUUUCUGCUGCUGGUUACAGCUCUGAGGUUUGGAUUGGCCUGCACCGUCAUCCUCACUGGAAGUGGUCGGAUGGGUUCAACAAGAGAGGAGCUGAAUCUAGGAACUGGGAACUUCCUGAACAUAGCUAUUAUGAAGCCAAUCAGCUCUGUGGGAUCAUGAUUACCUCUGAAAGAUGGUUUGAUGAUAACUGCCAGAAAAAGAUUGCAUUUGUCUGCUACAGAGGAAAACUGGAGGAUUCUGACUUUGUGCUGGUGAAUGCAAGAAAGACUUGGUCUGAGGCUCGGAGUCACUGCAGAAAACACUUCACAGAUCUGGCCACUGUGAGGUACGACACUGACAAAGAGAAGAUAUGGAGCUUGGUAAAACCUCACGUAUUGGCAUGGAUCGGUUUGUACAGAGAUCCUCAGAUUUACUGGUCUGACGGGAGUAGCUACUCAUUCAGCUACUGGAAUGAGGAUGACAACAGUCUUGGCUCGAUGAACGGCGUAUGUGGUGUUGCAGAUUUGGAGAAGGGAGGAAAAUGGAGGUUAGUUCCCUGUGAGGUCAGAAAACCAUUUGUCUGCUACAGCAUUAACAAGCGUGGAUGGUGCUUCCUUGAGUGAAAGAGAGAGAACACAUCCUUACAUUAGAAAAACAGUUAUUGUCUCAAUAGUGAUUCUAAUAACAUUAAUGCAUUAAUUAAUAUUAGGAUGAUGUUUGUUCUGUCUGUUGAUCCUUUGCAGUGAGAGAAACUAGAGACGUUGUGUGAUGUACUUGUGUUUUAUCACUUCAUUAACCUGCUCUGUGAUGGUUCUUCAAGACAAACUGACCCUUUGGAACAUUUUUACUCUGUCUGAUUUCAGACUCCUUCACUAAUUCUCCUUGUGAAUGAGAUUUGAGGUCUCAGCACUCAGCAGUUAUUUUUUUGUCAGAUGUAAAAGCAAAAUUACAAAAAAAACAUUUUAAAUUCACUGGUUUAGGUUUUAUGGAAACCCCUGUCUUAUAGAAAAUAGAUUGGUAAGAUUAAGUAGAUAGACAAAACUGUGUAAAUUAAAAAAUGCAUCAAUAAAUAUAUGUAAAUGCAACAUAAAUAAAUGACUUCUAUGUU